AUGGCACCGAAAAGCAAACCAAACCACGACGAGACCAAGUCCGAGGGGCUCAAUGGGAAGGAACGCAACGGCGCGGCCUCGAGAUCGACAAAGAUGUCUCGAGGCGCGAGUGCCAUGGGCUCAAAUCACAAGGACAAGGAUAAAGACAGUGCUGGAGCCAACGGCGACAAGACGAGCAACGCGGCACAGCGCAGUGCUGCUGCUACAACCACAUCUUCAACCGCGGCGCCUCUGCCAGCAGUCGCACCCCCUGGCCUACAAUGGUCAACCUUUGACCGCGACGUCUUACACGAUUACCGCCGCGAGUACCGCCUCGACACCCCGACCUGCUUCUCCAACUCAUACCACCACUGGAUCCUGUCGAGGCCGGGCAUUGGUCUCCGAUCACCAACAAUGGCUCGCCGAGCCGAGUAUCGCCGCCAGAGCAAGGACGAUCUUGCCAAAGUCGUGCGGAAACACUUCAAUGGCUUGGGAAUUCAAGAAAAUGACGUUGUGGUCAGCUUCUUGCACAAGGUCCGCAAUCCCAGCAUCGCGCGGCCAAGGAGGAACAAGCUGGCACCACACUCGUCACCUCUCCCAUGA